GAGAAGAGAGAGAGAGAGAGAGAGAGAGAGAGAGAGAUGGGCAAUAUGGUAGGCGCAUAGAUGGGAAGAAUCUCAGAUAAAAAUGGAAGCUUUGACCGCCAUUGAUUCUUCUCAUCAACAACAACAACAACACUCACGACGAGAUCUCUUCUUCAUCUCUUCUCUCUCCUCCUCCUCUUCUCUGAUGCGUGUUCUUGAUUCAUCGGCUCAGAUCAGUCUCACAGAGCCCAAAUGAAACUUUGUUCCUUUUUGGCUCAUUGCAGAUAGGAUAACAGAGCAAACAAGCUCCUCUUUGGAAUCUGAUACAAUUGAGAAACUCUUUGUGGUCUGUCUUUUGAGAUUUUUUUUUGUGGUUUGAGGGAAAGUUUUGUGGGUUGUUUGUUGGUUGGUUGGUUGGUUCUUGGAUUGAUGGCAGAAGUCCAUAAUCAACUAGAGAUCAAGUUUCGGUUAACCGAUGGUUCGGAUAUCGGUCCUAAAGCAUUCCCUGAUGCUACAACUGUUUCGGCUUUGAAGGAAACUGUUAUUUCCGAAUGGCCAAGAGAGAAAGAGAAUGGACCGAGAACAGUGAAAGAGGUGAAGUUGAUAAGUGCAGGGAAGGUGCUGGAAAACAGCAAGACCGUGAAAGAUUACCGAAGUCCAGUCUCUAAUCUCGUAGGUGCUGUCACCACAAUGCAUGUUAUCAUCCAACCUCCUGUUACUGAAAAAGAAAAGAAGCCUAAAGGUGACCCGAAGAUGAACAAAUGCGUCUGUGCAGUCAUGUAAGAGAGUAGCAAAGUCUCAAGAGAGUGUCCUUGAGUUUGGUCCCUGAUGUGGUUGGUAUAGAUUGUUUACUAAUACAGAUACGAAAUUAAAAGAGUGUUGAACCAUUUUUUUUUUUAGAAAAGUAUAAAUACAAAGCUCUCCUCUAGCUUACAGUAAAUCAUGGUGUAGUAAUGAUUCAAAUCCUCUUUAAGACACAAGAUGGCUCUGUUUUAGCUUUA